AUAAUAUUUUAAACUUUCAAUUAGUGGAAAUGGCAAAUAGAGUCAGUAAUAAUUGUUGUAGUGCCGCAUCGGUAGAGCGGGCGGGUUUGCCCGGACUUUUGCGUGAUCUACAAAGACUUUCGGAAGACCAAGAUUCGGCUGACAUAGUGUUCAUCCUUGGCACGGCAGAGGAAAAAGUCUACGCUCACAAAAUUAUAUUAUUUGCAAGGUGCAAAAGUUUUCAAAACACGAAACGCGGCGAAGUUUGUCGUAUUCCGGGAUGUACCAUAACGCCAUCUGUUGGCACGCAACCCACACCAAUACGCAUGCCUCAUGUUCAGCCUGAAACUUUCAGACUUUUUAUACAAUACGUAUACACAGGAAAGCUUUUACUCCAUGACUCAGGAGUGUUUGAAAUGAUGACACUAGCUGCAGAUUUGGGAGUUGAAGAUCUUCGCGCCGCUUGCGAAGACCACGUGACUUCUACAUUGAGCGUGGAAAGCGCAUGCACAUUACUUGCUGCUGCAAUGGAAAUUCAAGAUAGACCAGGUGGUAAGAGCGCAUCAUCUUUCAUGGAGCGCUGCAUAUCCUUCAUCGGAGACAAUGCAGCUGACUGCAUCAAGACCAAUGCCUUCCUCAACCUGCCCAAGGAAGCUCUAAUCAAGCUGAUAUCCUCAGACUUUCUCAGCCUAGAAGAGGAGGAGGUAUGGCGCUGCGCGCUGGCGUGGGCCAAGCAGCGCGCGGGGGUGACGCAGCCCACCGCCCACUGGACGGAAGAAGAGCGCGCGCGCGUUUGCCACCACCUGGCGCCGCUGAUGCAACAUGUGCGCCUGCUGCUCAUCGACAGCGCGGUGUUCGCGGAGGAGGUGGAGCCCACAGGAGCUGUGCCCAUGGAGUUGUCGCUGGAGCGGUAUCGCCGCGCCGCACUGCACGCGGCGCCGCGUCCGGACCCCGACAAACGGACACAGCCACGGUUAGCGGUGAACAUGUUCACGGGGUCCACGAUCCUGCAGCAAGACAAAAGCGCGUUUCAGUCUCUCAUCAAUAGCUGGUGCGGAACUCCAAAGCAAUCUUGGCGCCUAGUGUUCCGCGCGUCCACGCACGGCUACUCCGCGCAAGCCUUCCACUCGCACUGCGACGGCAUCGCUCCCGUGCUGCUACUCGUGCAGCUGUCCCGCGGCGCCGUGAUCGGCGGCUUCUGCUCGGCGGCGUGGGCGAGUGGCGGCGCGGGCGGCUACGUGUCGGCGGAGCGCGCGUUCUUGUUCGCGCUCACCGACACGCCGCAGCGGCACGCGCUCGUCAAGAAGGCCUUCGCGCUCUGCUACCAUCCCGAUUGCGGGCCGAUAUUCGGCGCGGGCGCAGACCUGCUGAUCUCGCACAACUGCAACGUCAACAGCGACAGCUACAGCAACCUGCACUCGUACGGCGACGCGACCACGCCCGCCUCGCUCGCGCACGACUACAACUUCACCGUGCGCGACUACGAACUCUUCACCCUUAACCAUAAUUGAUUGCUGGAUGUAUUUACACAUGCAGCCUUAGUGCUGAGACCUAUAGAACUUACUUUGACUUUGCUCCGACUUAAGUUUCAGUUAUAACGAGACGGCUUUAUGUCAGUAGCAUAGCGCUGUCUCGUUUUAACAAUGUCUUAAGUCGAAGCAAAGUCAAAGUGGGCUCUAUAGAUUUCCACCUUAGUACAACCCUUAGUAUGAGAUUUCGAAUCUCACCAACGUGCGUUGAUAUUGAGAGUCGAAACAAUUCACCGUCAAAGCAAAAAGAACAUUAAUUACCUUGUUCUAAAGCUCAAGUUCGUCUAUACAUUUACAAGCAGCGCUCCAAGCGGAAAACUGGUUAAAUUAGUACUGAAUUUCUUACUUUGUUUUCUUUUUUACUCUGACAAUAUUGUGUUUUGACGCUCGCAUUCUAUUAACUUUGAUGAGAUUUGAAAUCUCAUACCAAGCACCCAUGACCCAGCUACGUCCCACACAUCGAUCUUGAUAAUUAUUGUACCCAUGUAAAAUUAUAUCAUGAAUCCUACGCAAAACAAUAUAUUAU